AAAAGUUCAUUGGCUAUUAAAAUAUCACAAGAUGAUUAGGCCAGUGUUUGGUAUUCUAGUCUUUUUGGCUAUAUUCCAUUUUCCGGCGACUGAAUCUCGGCGCCACCAAAAGACUACUUCCGGGAUUGAAUUUUCAGCCUUGAAUUGCCGGAAACACAGUGCGGUGCUAACUGAUUUUGGAGGGGUUGGAGAUGGGAAAACUUCUAAUACAAAAGCGUUCAAAAAAGCCAUAAGCAAGCUCAGCCAAAUGGCGAGCGACGGCGGAGCUCAACUCGUUGUUCCUCCCGGAAAAUGGCUCACCGGAAGUUUUAACCUAACCAGCCACUUCACUUUGUUCAUCCAAAAAGGUGCCACCAUCCUUGCAACUCAGGAUGAAUCUGAAUGGCCAGUGAUCGCUGCAUUGCCAUCGUACGGCGAAGGAAGAGACGAAACCGGAACCGCGAGAUUUAACAGUCUCAUCUCCGGUACAAACCUAACCGACGUGGUAACAACGGGACGAUCAACGGUCAGGGACAGUACUGGUGGGAUAAAUUCAAAAAGAAGCAAUUCUUGCACAAACACGCUGAUCGAAGACUGUCACAUAGUCUCCGGCGACGACUGCAUCGCCGUAAAAAGCGGUUGGGAUCAAUACGGAAUCAAAUUCGGGAUGCCGACGCAGCAGCUAUCGAUCCGACGGCUGACAUGCAUCUCCCCGAAAAGCGCAGGAGUAGCCUUAGGAAGCGAGAUGUCCGGUGGAAUCAAAGACGUCAGAAUCGAAGACGUAAAUCUGAUCGACACGGAAUCAGCGAUCCGGAUCAAAACAGCCCCGGGACGUGGCGGUUACGUCAAGGACAUAUUCGCGAGGAGGUUCACGAUGAAGACGAUGAAGUACGUUUUCUGGAUGAACGGGAAUUACAAUUCGCACCCUAAAGGAUACGAUCCCAAGGCGUUUCCGGAAGUUUCUAACAUCAAUUACCGUGAUAUGACGGCGGAGAACGUUACGUUGUCGGCGAGUCUCGACGGGAUUGAGAAAGAUCCUUUUACGGGUAUUUGUAUCUCGAAUGUGACUAUAUCUUUGUCGGCUGAGCCAAAGAAGCUACAGUGGAACUGUACGAAUGUGGCUGGAGUUACGAGCAGAGUUAAGCCGGGGCCGUGUAGUUUGUUGCCGGAGAAGCAUGUGGACUGUAAGUUUCCGACUGAUUUGAUUCCGAUCGAGAGUGUUGUCUUGAAGAAGUGCUUCAUCUGAUAUACUAAUGAUACAUGAAACUGAAUUACAAAACUUUUUCUUAACUAUAUAAAUAAGAUUAUUAUAACUUUUGAUUCUAAGUUUAAAA